GGUUGUUCUGGAAGACGCGGGCCUGAGAAGGUGGGGCCUGUGACGCUCACGCCCCGGGCUCUGGCGCUUUUUUCCUCUCUUCGCUAGCUGCGGCUCCUGAGGGAAAAGUGUUGCUAGGUCUGUGGGAGAGCCGUAGCAAUGGCCUCCGUGCUGUCCUACGAAAGCCUGGUCCAUGCUGUGGCCGGAGCCGUGAUGUCAAGAUGCACCUUAAGCAGUUGGAAUGACUGUGACUUCAGAGGAAUAUCAGAGUGGUCUCCUUUUAGCCAGCAAAACUUCACUGAGAGCUCUCCUGUGCACACUAAUCAGGGAUGAACCCCCAACUCCAUCAUUUGUUAUAUAGGGAAGCGUGACAGCAAUGACAGUAUUUUUUCCCUUGGAUACAGCUCGACUCCGACUUCAAGUUGAUGAGAAAAGAAAGUCCAAAACUACACACAUGGUGCUCCUGGAGAUCAUUAAGGAAGAAGGCCUCCUGGCACCAUAUCGAGGGUGGUUUCCAGUUAUCUCCAGUCUCUGCUGCUCCAAUUUUGUCUAUUUUUACACUUUUAAUAGUCUCAAAGCAAUCUGGGUCAAAGGUCAACGUUCUACUACUGGAAAAGAUCUAGUAGUUGGAUUCGUUGCAGGAGUGGUGAAUGUGUUGCUAACAACUCCACUCUGGGUGGUAAACACCAGACUGAAGCUGCAAGGGGCAAAAUUUAGGAAUGAAGACAUUGUACCAACCAACUACAAAGGUAUUAUUGAUGCUUUUCACCAGAUCAUUCGAGAUGAAGGAAUCUUGGCUUUAUGGAAUGGCACAUUUCCUUCGUUGCUGUUGGUCUUCAAUCCUGCCAUCCAGUUCAUGUUCUAUGAAGGUUUAAAACGGCAACUUCUAAAGAAACGAGUGAAGCUUUCUUCUUUGGAUGUGUUCAUCAUUGGUGCAAUAUCCAAAGCGAUUGCGACCACCGUCACCUAUCCCAUGCAGACGGUACAGUCGAUUCUGAGGUUUGGACGUCACAGACUAAACCCAGAAAACAGAACACUGGGGAGUCUUCGGAAUGUUCUCUAUCUUCUUCACCAACGAGUAAAGCGUUUUGGAAUCAUGGGACUCUACAAAGGCCUUGAAGCCAAACUGCUGCAGACAGUCCUCACUGCUGCUCUCAUGUUCCUGGUUUAUGAGAAACUGACGGCUGCUACCUUCACAGUUAUGGGGCUGAAGAGUGCCCACAAGCACUGAGACACCUCACACUCCACACUCCAAAAGUGCAGAAAGAUGCUCAAGAUGGGGGGUGCCUUCUGUGCGAAGGGAAGUGAUUCUCUUUUUACUCUUGCUGUGUGCACCAUGAGUUUUACCCUCACUGGCUGGAAAAGUGUCUAAGGGUAAACAUGGAAUAUAGCCAGUUGGACCUGUCUACAACUUAAUUUUUAUGACUGUUGGUUGAGUUUUGUGGGGGAGGUUAAUGGUCAUAGAAAAAAAAAUUAUUGAAAACCUGAAAAUGAAAGUUUGUGGGCGUUUAUUGUUUUUCUUAAGGGAAAUGGACUAUUGCUCUCAUGUGUAAUCUUUUCCAGUUAAAAUCUUUCUUAAAUUUACCAGCUGUUCUUUUCCUCUGAACCCUCCCCCCAGAUUCUAGGGACACAUUUAAUACCAUAUAAUUCUUCUCAUAUACUUUUGUAUGUUUUAAUCUUGGUAUUUUCCUCGCUAAAAAUAUUAUGAUUGUGCCGCAGGCAUGACUUUAUUUUUGUCGAGCUUUUAUCCUCCUGCUUAAGGAAAGACGUCUUCUUUAGUACAUGAGCUAUUUAUUUUGUGGGAGAAAUGAAAAUGAUUAAUCCCAAAUGAUUCUCUUAUAAACUCUUUGUGAACAUCACUUAUUCAUUAGUAUUUGACAUAAUUAAAAAUAUUUAUUUUGAA